AGCUUAACAGAUCGCUCGAAUCUAUCAACGUGUGUGUAUAACAAUUAGAGUAAAGAGCAGACAAUAAAACAAUGGGUCGGUUUGGUGUUGUGUUGAUGCUGUCUUGUCUUGCUGUUGCUGUGACCGCCAAGUCCGUCGAGGGACCCGUUCGGAACAGACGAUCAGGUGAAGGGUUCGCCUGGAGCGAUUGCGGACACGACCCUAACCGCCCACUGAGAGUGACCUCACUGAGCAUGACGCCCUCGCCAUUAACGAUGCCGGGGGAGCUCCACGUGAGCUUCGGCGGGGAAGUCACCAGAGAACUAGGCGCAUCGCUGAUGAUGAUAAACAUCCAGAGAGAAUCGGGGUUUAGUUGGUUGAUGCGGAACGUCACUGUGCCAUGCAUACGAAACAUUGGUUCAUGCACUUACCCUGAUACGUGUAACCUGAUUGACCGCAUGAUAGACGAAGACUGGCUUUAUAUCAGUCGAAACGUCGGCCAACAGAUCCGACAAAACUUGGUGGACAAGGGAUUGAAUACGGCGUGCCCACUCCAGCCCCAACAGAUAAACAUCCAAGACAUGGCAUUCCAGCUACCAGCUAUUCCACGGGCCCUCUCCCUCUUUGCCGGGGGAACCUACCACGCGACUGUUCGCUUCCUCGGUCAAGCCAAUCAGAAGGAACUUGGCUGCAUUGCCAUGAGGAUCAUUGUGGAUUAAGUGCCAGAAGUGGAGACAUUGCCGGUUGGUGGGAGGAUGGUUGCUGUCUUGAUGACAUACUUGCUUUAAUUCUUAUAAAACAUGUACAAAAUACCAGUGGGCUUCCCAAAAUAGGGCAAUAGAGGUCAAAGGCCUAUGUGGAAUGAAGUUUAAAUGAGGUGUCAACCAAACACAAAGAGCGAUCCAAAAUGUGAAUACUGUACUAGUUAGCCCACUAAAUGUGGUCAAUCUGAGUGUCUGGCUCACGCCUCAUUAACCCCAUUCACCAUAGGCCUUUGAUUUUUGAUGCCCUAUUUUGGGAAGAGCAGGUAAUUUUCACUGGUUUUCUAGAAAUCCGACCUUUCAGGGAAAAGUCGGACAAUGUCAGACUUUUGUCGGAUAAAUCAGGAAAAGUGAGAGAAGCCGUUAGUAAAUCUGAAAUAAUAAAACUGAUACAAAUGUUCCAUUUAUUUUUAUUGCCCAAAACCAUUUCUAUUUGCAAUGAACAAACCUUUUUUGAGUCAACAAUGCAAAUUUAAUUGAGCAUUCGACAUGAUAACAUGAUUAAAUGCAUCGUAUUUGAGAGGAUUCGAAGAGCUACGAACGACGAAGUACAUGUAUGUAAACGUAGUCGACGACGAUUCGUUUGAAAACAUCCCCGAUUUCUCCUACUACUGAUCGAUUCGUAAAUGUUAUGUUCGCAUCAUUUGGGGCUCUUGAGGGCGAACUACUGGUCGGAUUUCUUCUAAGUUUGAUUUUUAUUGAUCCUUGCCUAAAAAUCAAACAGGCAUUUUUCGGUUUAGUGACAAUGGUAACGAAAUAAUUUUCUUGGUAUUCAUUUGUGUACAUUGACGUAGUACAUUGGAUUCUGACAUUUUCCGCUCUGUACAGUUUAUUUCUCGACCAAUCUGGACGAAAGGUUCGAGUUAUUAUUUUUCUGUGUGCAUCUACUCAUGUCCCAAAAAGAGAAAUGUCCAAAAACAAAAUAUGGCCUAUCCAGGGGACCCUCCAAAUGACCAUUGGACUUCGCUGAAGAAUUUUUUAAAUUUUUACCUUGAGAAUGCUGAACUCCUAAAUUCAUGUUUGGUUUUGAGGCAUGGAUCAAUAAAUGCAAAUUUCAAUGAAAUCCGACCAGUAGUCAGUCCUCCAGAGCACCAAACGAUGCGGACAUAACAUUUAUGAAUUGUCUAAAGAAGUGCCGCGUGAAUGAAUUCGUGCGCAGGACCUGCCACUAGUACAGACCUUCGUACACCAUACUUCGUUGCCCGAAAAGGUUCGGAAACAUCCCUCUUUAUUGACUGCUAGACUUUGCUCAGAGUCAGGCGAAUCACACUGUUUACUCAUAUCUGGUUAGUUACAGGUCGAAGUCAGCAUUGUGUCAAUAGAAAUGCCAUAUACAUAUUUAUGCAGGGGACCUGAUCGUUGGGUUGUCAUGGUUUUGUAAUCAUUCUUGGUGUGGACUAAUUUCCCAAUAAAAUCACGUGUUGCCACUGUACCCAACGCAUAUAUGCCAACAUCACAAUGACGAGGGUUUCAGUGUAAUAUUUACCAGGUUUACGCAGAUCAUGUGUCUCAAUUCGCUGGAUGUUUUGGGUUAAUUCUGAUACAUGGUCAUGGUGAUGGUUCUGUUUCAGUGCUUUUCUCUUCUGUCAUAGUAGUACCACUGUGACAUGGAUUCACAUAAUACAUAUAUAGUGUACAUUACAGAUACACGUGUGAUGAACAAUGUACGUAAUGCAUGUAGACAUCUGUACAUGCUUUACAGGCAUAACAGUACAAGACACAAUGUACAAGAAAGAAUGCUUUGCCAACUGAAGAGGAGGCCAGUUGGUAACAACUUGCUGCAAAGUCAACAAUUGAUGGAAUAAACAGUUAAAGAAAAUCUUUUCUGAUAUUAUUUAGGAUGAUCUUAGCUACAAGUAUCCAAAAGGAUCAAAGUUUGUUUCGGAACUUGUAUCUGUGUAUAGUGUGUCUUUGAUCGUAUGUACUAGUAUAUCCACGUGACAGUGGUAGUAUAAGGAAAUGUGCACCAAAAUCAAGUCAGUGGUAUAAAAGUGAUUAGGACCUUUAGACGUAAGAGGCACUAUGUGAUGCUUUUGUCGAUCUAGUUGGGUCUUGCCGCUUUUUACACUUCAACAUAUCGAACAACAACUGACGAAACUUGGUGCCGGUCAAACAGUAGAUGAAGAAGUUCACAAAACUAUUGAAAUUAAUACAAAAGAACUCAACCAAAUUAGAAACCUCCUCGAUCUUCUGAUAGGUGGGGUUUCUCAUCUCGAUGUCGUAAAGAUGGACGCCCUCGUGCGCGAUAUGCGGAAGUUCACAAAUGAGAAAGGUCGUUGCCACUGCAACGAAUGUCAAGGUCGAACUAGCACCCUGGUCUUUUUCACAGUUCAAGAUCGCUGCUCGCUGUUUGUUCAUUUUCCUUAAAAUUCGCACCAAGAUUAAAUUGAAAAUCAAAACUAGUAAAGUUGGUAAACAAACAUUUAAAGUCAGCCAGAUUAUUUUGUAAAUUGGUCUGUAGGCGCGUGAUUUCCCAAACCAGUUCAAAUUGAGCUCUACUACUUGUGUUUUGUUGUCGAUAGACUCCAGUACGGGGUCAAAGGCGAACAGUUUCGGUAUCGCGAACAGGACGACAUACAUAAUAAGGAGCAAUAUCUGAAUGAGAACUUUGCGGACAUCACAGAAUCGUCUUGCAACUAGCGGAUAAGACACUGCAAUGUAUCUGUUUAUUGUCACCAAGACAACCAUCCACGCGGCGAGAUCACGUGAUAUUUGGUAUACCCCAGGCAUGAACCUGUUGUAUCUGAUUAAAUUGCCCUCAAAGUGCAUAUCAAAAUCUUCCAGCGUUCUUGGGAGGACUCGAUACGUGAAACUAACCAGUAACAGUAAUGUAUCCGCCACUGCUAAAAUUUGUAAAAGCAAUAUCGAGGCGCGGUUCUUUACGCGGUCUCGCGAGAAUACACCAAUGCACACGAGAUUCAAAAUGGCGCCCGAUAUGUCCAGAAUUCCAACAGUGCAUGUCACAGAUUCGUUUAGAACCCAUAGCCAUGUUGGCUUAUCGUGGUGACCCAUUAUUAUUCUUGGCCGAUCCUUCUCCAACGGAUUCAGAAAUAAAUAAAGAAUAUUUCGUACAUGUAGUCUUU